UUUGCACUCAUUUUAGCCAUCUUUUGCCCUUUUACGUUUGGUGCAACACAUGCUCAACAACAUUGACGGCACCAUGACGCACCUUUCUUCAGCUGUUGGGCGAUCGAACCAUGCUUUCUAUAUAUGAAUUGGAAGCCCCAAAGUCCAAUUAGCCCUCAUCUAUUGCGCCUUGAGUGACUCGACAAAACAUCCCUUUCACAAUCAGACCUGCCCAUCGUCAUGGGUAACAUUGGCAGGUCUAGCACAGGCUGUGGCCUCUGCCGAAAAAGGAAGAUCAAGUGCGACGAAGGCAAACCAGGCUGCAAACGAUGUGCUCAAAUCCGAAAACCAUGCCCAGGCUAUCCUUACCAAGUCCAACUGGAGAUUCGCUCUCCGGCAGCAGGUUCCGCUGCCGGGCCAAGUCGUCAGUCUUUGGCUCCUGUGCCGCCCAUAUUCGUCCCAGCCAAGUCCAAGACCUCGCCGGCCCCCAUCAAAGCGGAUGAAUCUCAGUAUUGGUCUGAGGAGGUCAAGCCCGAGGCUUCAGCAGAAAAGAUCCCUCUUCACAAACUUGCCCCUGCUCAUACUUCUAUCACACCUCCACCACGUUAUGACCUUCACCACCAAUCUCUUUGUUUCUUCCUGAACUUGUUUUGUUAUCAGGCAGGACGACUCUACUCCUUCCCAGUCCUCGACUUCUUGCCGUCCAUGUUAGAAAAGACCGCACCUUAUUCGAGUCUCAGUUUGGCAGCCAAUGCUGUCUCGCGCAUGACUCUAGCCGACAGAUACAGCGGGACAGAUGUCAGAUUACAGACCGGAAAGGAAUAUGGCUACGCUCUAAAGUCAACCAAGGCAACAAUGCUCGACAGCUCUGCCACUAUCCAAGAUGAAACCGUCAUUGCCGUCUGGCUCCUCGGGCUCUAUGAGCUCAUUAGUGUGGUCUUGACACACGGGCGUGCCUCCAUCGGCUCAUUGACGUCUGAAGAGGAAUGGCAGUCUCAUAUCUUGCAUGUAAGAGGCGCCAUGAACCUCCUACGACUAAGGGGCAUGACCCAGUUCGACAACCCCGUCUCAGAGAAGGUGUUUCGUAUAUUGAAGGCAGCGAUUCAACUGCGUCUGUUCAUCCUGACUUCUGUCACUGGCAAGGAGUUUGACGACCUGGAAAUCGACGUCUACCAGGAAGAACAUGAGUUUGUGCCUUCAGAGACCGCCAACAAGGCUACUCGAUAUUUCCACCGAACGGCACGGCAUCUCGAAAAGAUCAGACUAUUCCUGGCUGCAAAGCCUUCCAAACCAAAUCAAAUGAAAGAUUACAAAUCCUUGGCCAGAACGCUGAUCCAGUACGGCCGGGACUUGGACGACAGCAUGACUGACUGGUGCAAAGAUGAGCCUGGGUGGGACAUGAUGAAUAUUCGUGCUGCAACCUCUGGCACCAUGUGGGCGUUCUAUCCUUCACAUGCAGUGUAUUACUUCUACAGCUUCUGGAUUUUCCUCUACCACCUGCGCUUUCUCACAGCACGUGUCAAACUAUACGAAGGAUUGAUUGAGCUGGUCAAGCUUGACCUGGACGGCAAAUCGGCCGAACCAGGGAAAAUGUCGUCAUCGAUGAAGUUGCAGCUCUUGGAAUUCCAGAAGAUGAUCCAGACAACAGCUGGGGAUCUUAUUGGGCUAACUGCGUAUGCUCUUGGCGACGUGACGCCGAUGGGACAGUUCAACUCGACCAUCUCUCGGCACAGUCCCACGAAUGGAUCACAAGAAAUUAAUGUGAUUGCGACGAUGCAACUGGUAAUCCCCUUGAAGAUGCUACAGAGAUCAGAAUAUCCAACAGCGACACAGAAAGGGGCGGUCGACUUGGCCAUCUCUCAUAUUGGCGAUGGAUUCCGGCGGCAGCCUGUCGGAUUUUAACGAAGGGAAGGCGCCUGAAGUCAUAUGAGGUGGCCAAAUGGAUGAUGAAUUAUGAUUGUUAUAUAUGAAUGCACGACGAUGGCAUGGGCCUUUUGUAAAGCGUGCGGGAGGAUUAUAGUCGGUUUGUCAUGUUAUAUACCCCUCCUAGGUGUUGUAGGAAUGCAC